AUGGCCGAUGGCACACUGCUUCCUAGCGUUGCCGAUGCAACCGGGGAUUUCCAGUUCACGGAAACCCUAUACACGCUUGCAAAUGAAAAUCAAUCCUCUUCAAGAGAGGCGCCAAAUUCAGACUCAGGAUGGCAAGGCAACGAGUCCUCGGUGGCUGGCACCUUUAGCCCUGCCUGGGAUGACUUUUCGCUCUUUUUCGAUGAACAGGGCGGACCGGGUCUUUUUCUCGACACAUCAUAUUCAGCUGACCCCUUACAUCCCGCUCAAAUCAAUCCAACGGGCGAAAGUCCUCAAGACCACAUGCAAGGCUCAGAUGUAGCGACCGACGACCGUGAGAGGUAUGACAACUAUCCUCAGCUUUACAAACCCGACCCAAGGGGAAAUCCACUCAGGACUUCCGUCAUCUGUGAUUUUCUUCAGAACAAGCAGGCCUGGGCAAAGGUGGAUGAGUUCGGCCAGUCCCGGAACAAUCAUUCCGUCAUCACCAUUCCAGAAGAAGUCCGAGACUCGAUCAUGGCAACUAUCCAUAUCGUCCUUGCCAAAGUGCUCGACAAAGACCAAAUGGGGAAGAUACCGACGACAUUCCCACCGUUGAGGACGGUCCAGGUCAUUUUUGAUACAUAUCUCUCCCGCCUGGCCUUGUUCUAUCCCAUCACGCACCCUGGCACGUUGAAUCAGAAUCAUACGAUGCAGUACAACGGCCCUGGAAUGCAAUUGCAGCUUCUGAGUACAUUCGUGUCUGGGGCGCUGAUGAUCCCUGUAACCGAGGUCCAGACCUUUGCGACCGACCUGGCAAGCAUUAUCUUGCAGGUCCUGUACGAGAUCUUUCUGAGGGAUGCAAAUCAGACCAAAGACAUGUAUCUCACCAGCACCGCAAUCUUGAUAACUGCAUUUGGUAUAUGGUCAGGAAACAAGAGGCAGAUGGAACUCGCGGAAGCGCUGAGAAGUUCAUACACGACGGCAAGACUGCACGAAAGAGCCCACCAAAGAAUAGUCGAGAUCAAUCUUUCCGAUGUUGAGCUCGAGUGGAAGGACUGGCUCAUGAAGGAGACACGCAGGCGAUUGGCAUAUGUGUGGUAUGUCGUGGAGCAGGAGAUCAGCCUCUUCAAUGGGGUACCCACGACACUGUCCUUUACCGAGAUGCGCUGUCCAAUGCCCAGCAAUGAGGCAGUGUUUGCUGCUUCCAGUGGUGAAGCAUGGAAGGAUCUGCUUCAAGUGGGCCAAAAUGAGCUACCCAUGUCCAACUCAUCGCCAGUUGCGGCAUUAAAAUGUCCGCAUUCACUGGCCGCGUUUCAUCGGCGUUUCCUCUAUGGGAACAUUUUCCAGUUUCAGGACGCCGUGACCCCCUUUGAGGUCCGUUUGCUCCUGUGCACCAUUCAAACGCUUGUGUCUCAGUACAGCCAAACCAAGAGGUUUGUGCCCGAAGAAGAGGAGUUUUCUCCUGCGGCAUGCACAAUAUCGGCUUCCACCGAAUACGGCCAGCUUCGACGGGAGGAGCUUCAUUUUCUCCUGGUCAAGUGGCAUCUCUUGUAUCGACGUGUCAUGCCACAUGCCACUCCCAUACGUUGCGGUACCGACUUGUCGUGCAUUCUAAUGGCACACUUGAUAGCCAUGGAGCUCUAUGUUUCAUUUGAUGACGUGCAACUCUUUGCAGGGAAGGAAGGCUUCAUGGAAGGCAGAAUGCUGAUGCCUUCAUUCAAGAGGUGGGCAAAAACUUCAGGUGCAGCACGAGCACUUCUCCAUGCAGGGCAAAUCAUGCGUACCCUGUCAACCGUCGCAGCAGAUACUGCCAGACCGUUGUGGUGGCCGUUGGCGGUGGCACGAGCGGCUUUGCUACUCUGGGCCUACGGUAUGGCGGAACAAACCGACGCUGGCAACAUGGGUGACCACGACUAUAGCCCUGAGCCAUCUCUUUUUGACUCUGAGCGGCGUUCAACCAAGCAGUACCACAAUCUGGACCCAAUCGACGGGCCACUUGAAGACUCUGCCUUGUUUUCUGGUUCUCUAAUCGGCUAUUGGGACAAAGGAAUGACGCCAUGCUUGACAGCGCCCAACGGAGGCUUUGUCCCUCUUCUGCAAACCUCAGAGACCCUCGGACUAAGCAUAUCACGCCUGCGCGAUGGAGAGAGUGUCAGCACACCUCUUUGCAGAUCUGUUCGGACAUUCUUACAAGACAUCCAGGGUCUGGGAGUCACUUACCCCGGGUUGCCCAAGCGUGGCAUGUCGAUGCAACAACAUCAGAGGCAUGACAUCGGCACAGCCUCUUGA